UCCCUAAAACCCUAGAUAGAGAAGCUACUAUAAAUUUCAGCAACAAUCUCUCUCAUUGUAUCCCCUUCAUUGGAAGUAAAAGAUGCAGAUUUUCGUUAAAACCCUAACGGGUAAAACUAUCACUCUCGAGGUAGAGAGCAGCGAUACUAUCGACAAUGUCAAGGCUAAGAUUCAGGAUAAAGAAGGAAUCCCCCCGGAUCAGCAGCGAUUGAUCUUUGCCGGAAAGCAACUUGAAGAUGGACGAACUCUUGCUGAUUACAACAUCCAGAAAGAGUCCACAUUGCAUCUUGUGCUGAGGCUUAGAGGAGGAAUUAUUGAGCCUUCUUUGAUGGCUUUGGCUCGGAAAUAUAAUCAAGAGAAGAUGAUCUGCCGAAAGUGCUAUGCUCGUCUUCACCCUAGAGCAGUUAAUUGCAGAAAGAAAAAGUGUGGCCAUAGCAAUCAGUUGAGGCCAAAGAAGAAGAUCAAAUAAGUUUCAUAUGAUGGUUUAUAUUUUCUUAUUAUGAUUAAUUCCUUGAUGUUACUAUUUUGCUACAAAGCAAUCUAGAUUUGGUUUAUGUGCUUCCAAACUUUAUUUGAAUUUCAUCUAGGUUGAAUAUAUUUAUGUAUUUUCUCCUU